UUUUCCAAGCACCAAUACACAACAGACUACGAAAGCGCCGAAGAAGAAAAACGGUAGAAGAAGAAAUAAGAGAGCGUUGCGUUUUGUGACACACGUGCAUUGACUUCGCUCGACUGGCAGCAAGAAUGGGUAAAGUUUCGAUGAAAAAGAGGACUAUGAAAGGUCUAAAGAAGGCUCCAGAUGUUCCGGACAAAACGACCGAGGUAAACUUAGAGGAGUUGCCCAAUGCCGGGGAGGCAAUCACGGACGACGAGGACGAAGGCAGCGACGACGAACGAAGACACCAAAAGCUGCUGGAAGCUAUCAACUCUCUCGGCACAAAGCGCAAGAAAAAACUCUUCGAGCGAUCCGAGGCGAGUAACCACAUGUCCGAAUUUACCGUAAUGGCAGAGGGAGAGGGCGUCAAAAUAAAGAUGUCGGAUUUGCUCAAGUCAUUAGACAAAGUCCCGGAUGUUUCCGGGAAGACCAAAAGGCAGCUGAAGAGCCUGCAGGAUAGCAAGAAACCUCUGGCGUGUCCUCUGAGCAAAGAGGAAACCGAGAGGAUCCAGAGAGAUUUGGCCUUUCAGAAAGCCGCCACAGAGGUCACUAGCUGGCAGAAUGAGAUAAAACAGAACGAUCGAGCUGAGCAGCUUGUCUUCCCCCUCAGACAAGAACCGUCUGGCCCAAAAACCAUAGAGAAAGUCGUCAACGGCUGGAAAGCCAAAACUCCACUCGAACAAGAGAUAUUCGCCCUGUUGUCAGCCAACAAGAAGCCCGCCGACAAACCCAUUUUGACUCCCGCCGAGCAGGCGUCUGUGAAGGCCAUGAGCCUGCUGGACGCCAAGAUGCGGCGAGCCGAGCUGCAGAAAGUCCGAGCUCAGCAGUCUUACUACGAAGCCAAGGCGCGACGGGAGAGCAAGAUCAAGAGCAAGACAUAUCACAAGGUUCUUAACAAAGCAAAGCGCAAAGAUUUCCUCAAGAAGUUCGACGAGCUGGUGCAGAAAGACCCCACGUCUGCUUUGGAGGAAAUGGACAAAAUGGAGGUGGCCAGGAUGCAGGAAAGGAUGUCGUUGAAACAUCAGAACAGCGGAAAGUGGGCCGUAUCCAAGGUCAUCAUGGCCAAAUACGACAAAAGCGCUCGCCAGGCCAUGCAGCAGCAGCUGGACAUAAACAAGGAUCUGACUCUAAAGCGGCCGACGCCUUUGCAAGACAAUGUGGAAGAAGAGGAGGAUCCUGAAGUCGUGCCUGAUUUUGCAAACGAGGCGGUGCAAGGAGCAGAUCCGUCGAAUCCCUGGAUGAGAGGAACGCUCCUGCUAGAACCUGCAAGUGAGGAUGUGCCCGAUGUUCAACCGCAGCCCGCUGUAGACGUGGAGGAAGCGGAGGAAAGCGAGGUCGAGGAAACCGAAGAAGAAUCGCUCCUGCGAGAGUUUGAUCGGCGACGAAAGACGCGCCAAGCGCAGGAAGCGGUUCAGGUCGGAUUUGAGGAUUCUGGAACUGGAGCAGCAGCAGGGGCUGCUAAAAAAGAAGAGGAGCAGCGAAUGGAGUUCACGAAACUUUACAGAGAAAAAGUGGGAGAUGGUCAGGAGGCUCUGCUGCAGGAAAGCCUUCACCGCAUUCAGAGUUUCGAGGACAUGGAGCUCCUGGGUGGAGCUGAGUCCGUUCCCGACAAAGCACCCGAUCGUGCACAGCAGUCUUCAGCGGCACCUGAACCGCUUCCUGGUGAGGACAAGGCGCAGAAAACCUGCAAGAGGAAACGGGACAUCCAAUUGAAAGACGUCCUUACGAAGGACACCAAGGUCAUUCAGGUACCUCUCGCUCCAACCGCCGCGGACGGCGAAGACUCGGAGGAGAAGCUCGGUCAGAUGGGGCUCAUCAAAGAGGCUUUUGCCGGAGACGACGUCGUCGCAGACUUCCUGAGGGAGAAGGGGAAGCAGGAAGGCGCAGGGAAGCCAGCAGCGGUGAGUUUGGCUCUGCCCGGGUGGGGCAGCUGGGGCGGCACUGGCAUCCAAAUGUCCAAAAGAAAGCGCAGAAAGUUCGCCGUCAAAACGGAGCCGCCUCCCCCCAGGAAAGACCAGAACAAGCUGGGCGUCAUCAUUUCCGAGAAGAGGAACAGCGCCAUCAGCCUUCACCAGGUCAACUCUCUCCCCUUCCCUUUCAACGAAGUGGCUCAGUUCGAGCGCACGGUGUGUGCGCCCGUGGGCCGCACUUGGAACACCGAGCGCACCGUCAAGGCGCUCACCAAGCGCAAGGUCAUCACCCAGCAUGGAGCCUUCAUCCAGCCAAUGGUCAAGGAGGAUUUGCUGAAGGGCAAAUCCAGCAGCAGGAGACUUCUUUAUAAAAAGUAACAGGUGAAGAUAUGUAGUUGUUUAUACAAUAACAAUAUACAGUAAUAAGAUAUAUGCUGUAUUUUAUAUACUGUAUAAAUAAAUAAUUAGGCAAAUGUU